CGUAAGAGAGGAAGAUGGCGCUUGUUUUAAUUUUAUCAACAAUAAUAAGACACCCUGGAUUUACGAAAUGAAACGACUACAAAUUUAACUUUAUCCAAACGUUAAAUUAAUUUUGUAAAGUAGCUCAAUGUCGUCGCCAAACCAUAGAUCUAGUAACUGCUCAACUAAUCAAGAUAUUUCCCUAGCAUUUGAUCGCCUUUUUUCCUCCGUCAGCCCUAUUCCUCGGCCGUACUUUGGAGUUGGGUUUCAAAAUGAGUUCAGACAUUUCUUAACAACAACUUCAAAGAUCCACUUCACCCCACCAGAUCAGCUUAAUCAGUCAUGGGAUGCUGAUGCGGUAGACAGAAACCUCCGGAUUGAAAACACUCACACAAUGAUGCAGGCCCUCAAAAUGCGUGCUGCUGGUCUUAAAAACGGAACAACCAAAAGUGGAACAGCCGGCCAAAUAUUACCUUCACCCCUUACGAUCAAUAGAGAAAAAGAAACCGAAGUAAAAAAUGAUGUAUCUGUUGUAACCAAAGCUGGCGUCAGAAAAUCCCCUAGGAACCUGAAAAAUGAAUCUGCCAAAGAUGAGGACAAACCUAAAGAAACGCCCAUUUUGAAAACAGUAAAACACAAGGAAAAUAAUAAAAACAAGCAGAUAAAAACCAGAGAAGACAAUGCUUCUAAGUUAAAAACCAGAGAAGACAGUGCUUCUAAGUUAAACACCAGAGAAGACAAUGCUUCUAAGUUAAACACCAGAGAAGACAAAACUUCUAAGUUAAACACCAGAGAAGACAAAGCUUCUAAGCUAAACACCAGAGAAGAGAACUCUUCUAAGUUAAAAUCAAAAGAAGACAACUCAUCUGAGUUAAAAACCAGAGAAGGCAACACUUCUAAAUUAAAAACCAAAGAAGAUAACUUUUCUAUGGCAAAAUCCAAAGAAGACAACUCUUCAAAGUUAAAAACCAGAGAAGGCAACACUUCUAAAUUAAAAACCAAAGAAGACAACUUUUCUAUGGCAAAAUCCAAAGAAGACAACUCUUCAAAGUUAAAAACCAGAGAGAACAAUUCUUCUGUGUUAGAAUCCAAAGAAAGCAACUCUUCUAAGUUAAAAACCAGGGAAGACAACUCUUCUAAGUUGAAAACUAAAGAAGAUACCACAAUAUCGAUCCAAGAAAUUGUUUUAAGGGAUUGGAUCAUAAGGCCUUUACCUGUCUGCCGUGGAUUAUGUGUUGAGGGCCAAAAACUGGGGAGAGAAGACUUCUGGCAUAGCACCGCCAUUGCAGAGGCCAAGACAGCCAAAGUUGUGGUCACAGUUUCAGGUUCUGUAUACAAACUGAAAGGAAAGAUCAACAAACUCUGCACUAUAGAUAAUGGUUUCCCAGAAAGUAUUGCCAAGGCAUUUUCUAAAGGUUUUCCUCCAAACUGGAAGGAAUUAAUCAAAGAAUAUUACGCAGAUCUAGAAGAAAGCAUCUCCAUCAUUGAGAAUGAGACCCCAAAGAGGGUCAAGGCUAAAAGAGGGAGAAAACCAAAGCUGAAAGCACCACAGGAGAAAAAAGAGGAUCCCAAUACCACCACAAGCUCAAUCUGGACACCAGGUGGAUUGAUCCAACAGGAGAUCCACGCCAACAACGUGACCAUCACAAGAAGUGGGCGCAUGUCCCUCCCACCCCUGGCCAGGUGGGUUGGUCAGCAUUACUCAAGGGCGCCAGGCUCGGACAAAAUCCAAGUCAGCUUUGAGACAGAAGUAGCUAAAGAAACUCUUACCCAAUACACUAACCAUGUCAUGAACCUGCCUGUGAAAGAUCAGAAGCUGUUCUUGUCCAGGGGAGUUCUUUCUCCCAACAUAACCCAGCUUGCUGCAAGUAACAGCAGUAAAAAACCUAAAACAGCAAAAAAGUCAGGCUUGGAUGACACAGCUGGCGAAAAAAAAUCAGAUAAAGACACAAAAGAGAACAAGAAUUUUGACAACACAUACACAAAACUAACUAAAACUGGAAAAAUAUCUGAUGUUGUUGACUCUAAAGCUGAUGAAAAAGAUCAGAGUUCUACUCAAGAUCCAUCUGCUACUCAGACUCCUGGCCUACUCAGGUCAACUCGCAAACGUAAAAUUGUUCAGAUGACCGAUUUUGAAACGGUCAGCCCAAAGAAAACAACCAGUCUCCGCAAGCCUGGCAGGAAAAAAGCCAAGCUGUCAGAGUUUGAUGACUUGAAUGAGAAGCCGGCAAAUAACUUGUUAACCAGGACUCGGCAGGGUAAACAUAAACAAGACGAAAUUAACAUUUCGGAAACCAAACAGAAAAGCAGCAGUAAACAGAAAAAUAGAACAAAAACAAGUCCACCAGACUCCAGUUUAUGCAAUACUGAUCUCAAUGAUUCACUUUCAUCAGAUUUUGAGGUGUCUGAUCCUAAACUUAAAGUUAAAAAGGGGCAAAAAAAGACUAAAACAGUGAAAAAUAAAAAGAAGGGAAGCGGAUCAGAAAGUGCAUCUGUGAGUGAUACCCCUACUCCUCAAGUGUGUGACACCACUUUUUCUAAAGUCAGUGACACCUCUGGUUCUAAAACCAAUGACACUUUCCGUACGAACAAUAAAGCCAUAUCAGCACCCAAAACAAGUGCUGCUCCUACCUCUAAAUCCGUCGCCAAACAGCAGAAAUCUUCAGUGAGCCCCUCACACCUAGUCGCUCAAACAGCUGUGCCUUCUAAGGAAAAACAGAAGCGGUCUUAUACGAAAAAAGCAAACGUGGACACAAAAUCAAAAAAGAGGAAAUUAGCAGAUACAACAACAUCAGAUUGUGAGAAAUCUAAAAAAACCAAGAUCAGUAAUGAAAUAGAUGAUAGCAAUGGUGAGAAGUGGAGUCCUCAUGAAGAAGAGGUCUUUUUCAAAGCUCUAAAAACUAUUACCAGUGACCUGCCAGAUUACUGGCAGAAAGUGGCCAAAGUAGUUGGAACAAGGUCAGAGGUCGAAUGCCAGCAGUUCCACAAACUCUGGCUGGAAGAGAAAUCGAAAAAUAAACAGAACAAACAUUCCACCAAGCGAACCAAAAGCACAAGUCGUCAAAAAGGUGAGCCAAUCCGAGGUGGCAAGGGUACAUUAAAACGUAAACAAGAAAUCAGAGCCUUCCUAGAUGAACAGAACGAAGGCUACGAGGAUGAUCUGUUCACAAGUAGCCCCUUUGUUGCCAGACAAAAACUCUUGUCUACUGCUGUAGACUUCAACAAAAAUGACUCUGAGGUGUUUGGCGCAAAUCACAACUUCUUUACCCCAGUCUCAGGGUCAAGAGCACAAGGAACACCAGGGGUGAGGAUAAGAGCAGCCAUGGCUUCAGCCAAGAAAACACCCAUCAGCUCAGCAGCCAUAGAUGAAACACCCAUCUCAGCCAACAGCAGGAGAAACCAGGCUGACCGCUACAUCAAGCAUUUCAUAGACAGGAAGAAAAAGACAAAAAAAUCAAAAAGUCUGGAUCAGGAGGUUGUUCAAAAAGAGUUCAAGGAUAAUCUAGAACUGAGUGUCCUGCCAGUGAAAUCCCUGUUCUCCCCAGUCACUAACCCAAGUAUUUUAAUUGAUGGUGCAGAUGAUGAUGAUGAUGAAGAUAAUAAAGACAUGUACUAUUGGGAUGAUGACGACUAAUGACUUAGAUCCUAGUUUUAUAUACAAAGAAGAUUUAUUUAUAUAUUUAUGUUAAAUUAACUUAAAUGUACUUGUUUUGAAACGAAAAGUAAUUUUUUUUUCAACUUAAACUUUAAAAAAAAUGAAUAACUACUUUUUGUUGUUUACAAAUGUCAUUACAUCUUGCCAGAAAGUGCAUUUAUUUUGAUCUCAGUCAGGUUUGAAAAAGUGGGCAGGAAUUUUUAUUUUAAUGUCAAUUGAUUUUUUUUUUAUGGAAAAUGAUUUUCAACACCAUUGGUUUAUUUUUUUUUUGCUAAUAAACCACACAAGUUUAACUGUAUUAUUGUAAAUUGUUCUGGCAAUGUUAUAGAUGGCAGACACAAGUCAUAUAAAUGAAAUUGUAUGUUAUGUAGAUUUCUGUACAUUUGUAACUAAUUUUCAUUGUAAAUAUGUUUUAUUUUAUCGGAUAUGAAUUUUUGGGGAGGGAAAAGGGGGUGACUAGGUGGGGAAGAAAUACAUGGAGUAUUUUUAAUUCUUUCACAAAUGAAUUAAAUGUAGUUAAUAAAAUUGUAAAAAAAAUCAAAAUUAAUGAAAUAUUACAAUAAAACAUAGUUCAUUAAAUUGAAAUGUAUUAAAAUUUAAAAUGUAUUUUGAAUUAUU